AUGCUAGCAGCGGCACGGGGUAGUAGAAAUAGUAGUACCUUGCACGCGGUAAGGGCUGGUUUUGGUGGGGAAUUUCGGCGGGAAGUUUGGGUGCAGGUUUUGGCAGAGAGUUUGGAUGCAAGCCGCGACUACACCAUCCGUGAACGGAGUUUGCGCUACGCGCGUGCCCUCGCGUCGCGUUCUCUUCCCGAUUGCGCGGUCGUUGCGCCUCGGCCUUACUUUCGUACGCCGGUUGCAAUAGCGGCUGCGUUGCGUUCGGCGCUGAGUAUGGAUGUAGAUGGCAAAGGCGAUUAG